AUGGCCAAGUGCUGCAGUGCCUCUGUGCUGACAGUAGUGCUGCUGGGAUGCUUAGUUGGAAUACAGAUAGAAGCCCAACGCGUGCACCAGUCAAACAUUCAAGGGUCCCUGCAAACACCGGGACAACCCAACAAGCAAGUUAAUGUUCAUGAGCCGGUGGUGAAGAAGACUCCUCAAACACAGCAGUCUUCUUCAGUACAAAAGCAAGGAUGGAACCAGAACCCACAGACUGUUGUCAACACGUGUGAUUUGAGAGACAAUGUAAGAGUGGUCUGUGGACAUCCGCACAUCUCUGCCCAGGAAUGUGAAGCCCUUAACUGCUGCUUUGAUGGACACCGAUGCUACUAUGGGAAAGCAGUGACUCUCCAUUGCACCAAGAGUGGCGAGUUCAUCAUAGUAGUUGCCAAGGACGUUACUGUACCCCUCCUUGAUCUGGAGACAAUCUCACUGCUGGGACAAGGUCAAGGAUGUUCCCACAUAGACUCUAACUCAAACUUUGCCAUCUAUCAGUUUCCUGUUACCUCCUGUGGCACUGUUGUUAUGGAAGACAGUGGUAGUGGUAGUUUAAUCUAUGAGAACAAGAUGAUUUCUUCAUAUGAAGUGGGAAUUAGCCGACUUGGUGCUAUUACCAGAGACAGCCAGUUUGAAUUGGUCGUCCAGUGUAGGUACCACCCGUUCCUCACCAGUACUUCUGUUCAAGCUCUGAUCUUUGACGAAGUACGUGAAAGUAUACAUUGGCACGUUAAUGGUACAGGAUCGGUUUCUGUGGAGCUGAUGUUGGCUAAUGGAGAGUGCACUGCAAAAGGCUGCAAUGACUUUGAGGAGGCCUACACCUCUUUCUAUACUGAAUACCCUGUGACAAAAGCAUUGAGAGAGCCUGUGUUUGUGGCUGUUCGGCUAUUGGGGAUGCAUCCUACUGUACACCUGACACUGGGUCGAUGCUGGGCUACAUAUGGUUCCAGCCCUCACAGUCUGCCACAGUGGGACAUCCUGAUAAAUGGGUGUCCAUAUCAGGAUGAUAGAUACUUAUCCAAACUGAUUCGAAUUGAUUCCAACUCUGGUCUGAAUUUUCCAAAUCACCACAAGCGUUUCAUGUUCCAAAUGUUCAGCUUCGUAAACCCACAAACACUCAGUCACAUGAGUGAACAGAUGUACCUUCACUGUAGCACAUAUUUGUGUUUUCCGGCACAAGGCUACUCCUGUGAGCCAUCCUGCCCCGGAAAUAGUUAUCGAAACAGGAGAAAUGUUGAUGCUGUGGCCCAGGAAAACACUAUUAGCAGGGUGGCUACUGUUGGACCUCUGAUCUUCCGCAAUGAUGAACAAUAAAACCAGUUGAAAGUCCAGUUCAACACCCUGGGAUGAAAUAGUUGAAGAUAUGGUACUUUAAAAUACAAUAUUAUCAGUUGUAGAUAUUCUAUGAAGUAAUUGUACAUGUGUAAUUAAAAGUGGCUCCUCCAAUAAUGGAACAUCUCCUUAUCCCUUUUCUUAGUCUAAUUUUUAUUCAAGAAAUUUGGCAUGAUGUUGUUAAAAAGUUCAUGAUUAAAAAGUAGUCUGACUCACUAGUUUAUGAAGUUUAGUUGACAGUGUAUCAGGAAAGUGUUGGUACAACUGAUUUUAUGUAAAGCUGCUUUUAAGCGUUGUAAAAGAGGCCAUAGAGUACAACUCUAAUGUAGUUCAAGUUCAAGAUUUAAUAAUAUUCAACAUUUUCAGU